AUGCAUGCAUCUUCGUCCAUCCCCGAGUUAUACGAUCACGUCAUCGACAAUGGUCGUCUCCAGUUCAUCGAGAAACUCGGAGAGGGUGCAUAUGGCGUGGUCUACCGGGCUGUGGAUCUGGACUCUCCCACGUCCUCGCGGAACCCAGAUCCCAAGCAGUACGCCGUCAAAGUCAUGUUGAAGGCGCAGCCCCGGACUCGCCAUGUGCGAUAUCAGCGUGGCGAGAUCGCCGCCCACCGCAGUGUCUCUGCCCACCCGAACAUCCUCACGCUCCACAAAGUGAUAGAGGACGAGCCGUACAUCUAUCUUGUGAUGGACUAUUGCCCCGGCGGCGAUAUGUUCCGCCAUAUCACGGAGCGCAAGACGUACGGAGGGAAGACGGACCUAGUCAAAAAGGUCUUUGUCCAGAUCCUUGACGCCGUUCAGGCAUGCCAUGAGCAGGGCCUCGCCCAUCGCGACCUGAAGCCGGACAACAUUCUGUGCAUGGACGAGAGCGGCUCGAGGGUCGUCCUUGCGGACUUCGGCCUCUCGACGAGCUCAGAUAGGAGCUCAACCUUCGGGUGUGGUAGCUCGUAUUACACCAGUCCAGAGACGAUCGGCACAGACUUCGGGUACAGGCCUUACGAUGCCAAGGUCGCCGAUGUCUGGUCUCUGGGCGUCAUGCUGGUCAACAUGAUCGCCGGUCGGAAUCCAUGGACGUCUGCGACGAUGGAGGACCAAUGCUUCCUGCGCUCCAUGACGAAGCCGGGCUACCUGCAGAAGAUGCUUCCGAUCUCGGACGAGGCGGUGACAAUCCUUCAGCGCAUAUUCACCUACGACCCGAAGAUGCGCAUCACCCUCCCCAAGCUCCGCGAGGCUAUUCUCAAGGUCAAGACCUUCUUCAUGACCAAGGAGCAGCUGGCGAAGAGCCACCGUUUCGCCCAGAUCGCUGCCAGGUCCUACUUCCAGAAGUACUACUCGUUCACGGAGGAGGAUUACAAGGAGAUGAAUGCACUGGAACAGGCGGAGUUCGGCAGACGGGAGAACCUGGUCGAGGCUCUCGUGGUGGAGAACCCGACGAACCACUUCAGGCUCGUCGACCGCGUCGGGUCCCCGGGCAUGCCGUCCCUAACCAACAGCGACUCGGAUUCAGAUGCGGAGAGCAUAGGGCCCGUCACUCCCGCCCGGAACGCUGUGGGAUCGGAGACAUUGGUCGAUGUGCCACUUCUGAAGGACGGGGAGGACAUGGGCGUGCCAGUCGUGCCCACGGUAGCCAAGAAGAGACGCGACCGUCCUUUCGGGUCUCUCGUGCAGUUCAUGGAGCGCUUCGCCUUGUGA